AUGAUUUUCUCGGCAAAAGCUAUCAGCAUUGGAGCGCUUCUCUCCGCGGUCCCCGUCUAUGCUGCCUCGUACUCCCAGACCAAAGUAUACGACAGCACCAACUUCUUCGAAGGGUUCAAUUUCACCAGCGACCCAGAUCCAUCUGGUGGCUUUGUGGAUUAUGUGGAUGCUGAAACUGCCAAAAGUUCUGGAAUGGCCAAGAUUACCAACGGCGCAGUUUACCUUGGUGCCAACUACAAGGAUAAGAGUCCCAAUGGCCGUCCUUCCACCCGAGUGAGAUCCAAGGACGUCUUCACCACCGGCCUCUUCGUUGCCGACAUUGCUCACAUGCCAGCUGGCACUGGAAAGGGUGCCUCUUGCGGUAUCUGGCCUGCCUACUGGACCUCUGGCCCUGACUGGCCCAACUCUGGCGAGAUCGACAUCAUCGAGGGAGUCGAUAACCAGAAGUCCAACGCUAUCACCCUGCACACGGCCAAGGGGUGCAACAUGGAUGUCACUGGGUCCGAGUCGACAGCAGACCAGACUUCUGCUGACUGUGAGGACUCCGACGCCGGUUGUUCCCAGGGCACAACAUCGGCCAACAACUACGGCGCUCCUUUCAACGCCAACGGAGGCGGUGUUUAUGUCACUGAAUGGGCGAGCGCUUCCAUCAGUGUGUGGUUCUUCCCUCGUGGCAGCGCCAAGGCCAACGCAGUGAUCAAUGCCGGAACUGCGGACCUGGAUGUUAAAAGUUUCGGCCCUGCACUGGCUAGCUUCUCGGGAAAUACCUGCAACAUUGCCGAGAGAUUCAAGGAGAACUACAUCAUCUUCAACACCAACUUCUGCGGUAGCUGGGCUUCGCGAGAAUACUUGAAGGAUGAGAAAUGCACUAGUGUGGCUCCCACUUGCAACGAGUGGGUUGCAAAUAAUCCAACCGCCUUCAACGAGGCUUACUGGCUUGUGAAUUCAGUCAAGGUCUACACCCGAAACAACUAA